AUGGUGGUCUUGGACCGUACGCCUCAGUUUAGGCAGCUCGUGGAGGAGCAGAAGAGGCAUUUAACCGAUGUCAAGCGCCGGAAGGUUUCAAAGCCUUCGAGGACUAGUCCCGAAGACAGUCAUGCCGCUCUCAAUAAGGAAUACCUCAAAGAGGCCUAUGUCGUCUUGAAGCAUGUGAACACUUUGAUGCGCAUGCUAACUGCAAUUCGUAAGGCGUACUUGAAUGUCGACUCGCGACAGCCGCCAUUUGGAGGGAAGACUUCUUCUGGAGCGAACUUGUUCGACCUCGGGAAUUCGGAGUCAUCAUGGGCAUCCAUCCGUUACCUGUCGAAUGAGGAAAGAGACCAGAUUGAUUUGCAAGCGCGGGUCGUGUUGUCUCGCUGUGCCGAUCGCGUCAAGGAAUUGGAGGAACUAGAAGAACGCCGUCACAAAAUGGAAAUAUCCCAAACAAAUCCACUGGCGCGCCUCUUGCCAAGUCGGCUACUCCAAUCUGCGUCGCCUGCAACGGCAACUUCGGAUGUCAUCGCUGCGCACCAUGCCAGCAUAACUUGGUACCUGUCCAGGCGAUUAGCGGAAGUGAGCCAGGCGCAGAAAGAAAUGCAAGAAGAUAGAGUGAAAAGACAGAUGGAACGCACCAAAACCUUGGGAUCGGGCGCGGCCAGAGAGGCAGCAGCCUUGAGCUUGGGUGGUGAGGACGGCGCAAGCAGCAUCUAUGGCUCUGGCUCUGAACGGCACGGAGAGCACAGCGGUGGUUGGUUAGGGAAUGCGUCCUCUACAAUAGCCUCCACGUUGCUAGGCGCACCCUCGAGUGAUAGGCCGAAGCAGAACAGUCCAUCGCCCCCUCUGACUUCGGCAUCGUUUCAGGACUCCGAUCAUUUUUCUGACGACGAUAUAGAGCUGACUCAAUCACAAAUAAUGCAGUUUGAGUCCGAAAACUCCCAAAUACUGCAGUCUGUCCAGAAUACCUUGGCAUCCGUUCAGCUGGCGGAGUCCAGACUGCUCGAAAUCAGUGCACUUCAGACUGAACUCGUCGCCCAUCUUACGAGGCAGACUGAGUUAACGGAUCAAUUAUAUGAAGACGCCAUCACGUCGACGGGGAUGGUGGAGAAGGGUAACGAAGAGCUCAAGGAAGCCAGAAGGAGGGCGAAGGACAGUCGGAUUUUCAUACUAGUGUUCCUGCUGGGCGCCAGUCUGUCUCUUCUGUUUUUACAUCACUAUUGA